UCAAAUCCAACGACAUUAUUGCAUUAGCAAAAGUGUUAUAGUCCCUUGAUAAUUCUACCAACACAAAUAUUAACAUCUUCACUCUCAUCAUCUACAAACCCUAGUUUUCAUUUCACAGCACAAAAAUGGCGGAGAGCUUACUAGACAUGACGCUCGAUCAACUCAUCCAGAAGAACAAAGCUUCUAAUAGCUCCUCUUCCUCCGUCGCCGCUCGAUCCGCCGUCCGUGGCCGCGGUGGCGCUGCCGGAAAAGCUUCUCGUGGCCGCGGUAGAGCCGCCGGCGCUAAUUUUUCAGCUCCUGGUCCCACUCGUCGUGCUCCUAAUCGCGUUCAGCCUCGAGCGACGCCGUAUUUCACUCCUCAGGGAUUGAACCAAAUGCAAGUGCAAGAGUUGUUGAUGCCUGGAGGAAUGGAUAUGGAGUCGGGAACGAAGCUAUAUAUCUCGAACUUGGAUUACGGAGUUACUAAUGAAGACAUUAAGGUGCUAUUCUCUGAGGUUGGGGAGUUAAGAAGAUACUCUAUUCAUUAUGACAAGAGCGGACGAUCAAAGGGAACUGCUGAAGUUGCUUUUGCACAUCAAUCGGAUGCUUUUGCUGCUGUGAAGAGAUACAAUGGUGUCCAACUUGAUGGGAAACCCAUGAAGAUUGAGAUGGUUGGAGUAAAGUUAGUCGCCCCUGCUAACAUUGCCAUGCCGCCAACUACAAAUGGCUUUCCAGGAAAUACUGGAGGUGCUUUCCGAAGACAACAAAGGGUUGCAGGCAGGGGACGUGAUCGUGGCAGUGGUGGUCGUGGGUCUGCGCCAGGCCGUGGAAGAGGAAGAGGGAGAGGACAAGGUGAGAAGGUGUCACCUGAAGAUCUUGAUGCUGAUUUGGAGAAGUAUCAUCAAGAGGCUAUGCAGUUAUAAACUAAAGGCUAUUAGUUGAUCUCCAUUAGGGGCAUCCUACUGUUCUGCUGACGUCUGUUCUUGAGAUUUUACUGUUAUGCAAUUAUGUUUAGUCAAUGUAAACAUUGCCGUGACAAGAUAUAUUAGAUGUUGGAUAGAGCUUGGUUAGCAACAACUGUCAUUUGAUUUUGUUCAACAGAGAGAUGAAGGAUCUCUAUUGCUGGUAAUUGGUUUAUCUGCUGCUAAAUCUUUGUCUUCAGCCUCUCAGUGUUAUGUGGGGGGUCAUUUUGCCAGAAUAUGUGGAUAUACGGAAAGUAAUAUAGUUAGAACUGCAGUUGUUCCGUGUUC